AUGAGCGAAGAUUUAUUUCUUCGAGGAUUCGUAAAACCAACCGAAGUUAAACGAAUGAAUGCAAGAGAACGAUGUACUUUAACGGAUAUUCUUUACGGAAUACCGGAUAAAAAUUUACAUGCAUUGUUUGCUCCAUCGAAUACCUAUCCAAUUGGUUAUCGUUUUAGCUCAAAAGGUUUAUAUGAAGUAUUUGAAGUGUUUAAUUGCGAAAAGUUAAUUCGUGGUUGCGGUUGUCGUGAUUCAAAUUAUGUAAAUUAUGAUUUCGAUACAACCGAAUGCAUUAGUAUUGUUUCAGGUUGCAGUAUUAGGCAUCAAAACAAUAAAAGAUUUGCAAUUCAAAUAUUUCAAAAUGGUGAAUUCCAAGUGUUAAGUAUUGAUGAAGAUUUCUAUUGGAAUUUACGACGAAAGCUUUAUUUGGAAAGCUUGAUAAAUAUUUUCAUUGAAAACUUUGAUAAAUUAUUACGAUCGGUACCAUUCGAUUUUCAAUUUGAUUUACCAAGAGGAUGUGUUGCAUGUAAUUGGAUUAAUCAAGGAAAGAGAUCUGAAAAUGUUACCAUAUCGCAUACGUUGUUGAAAAGUUUUGCUGAGGGUAUUAAUUAA